AUGCAGCGACUCCUUCCGUUGAUGCUGGCCGCGCAGCACACCUUCCAGCCUCAUGAGCUCAUGGCUUUUGUGAUGGCCAUGGACCCUGCCAACCCCUGCUCCCGCGCAGCUUGGCUGUCGCACCGCCACAUUUUGUUGCUCAGCCAGCUGCGCGAUUGGUUUCCGGACAGCAUCGCAGUUCGCAAACUUCACGCCGGCCUUGACUUCAUCCAUUUUCAGCCUGAUGGCGAUGUGCAACUGGCGUCUCACAUUUCUUCCGCAUCUGUUUGCGUUCUGGGACUGCUUAGCAUCCGUGCCCCCCAUUUCGUUCUGCUUCACUCUACUCCUUUUGAAAAGUCGCGGGCGGGGUUGCUUGGGCGAUCUUCUGCCUUGCCUGCGGCCCGUGCCAUGCAGCCAUCGAGUUUGGAUUUCGCCGGCGGCUCUUUUGCUUGCAUGGUGCCGACCAACUUUGAGGAUAGACCUUUGCGUUUUGCUUCCGCAGAACGGUCCUGGAGUCUUGCUCUUCCAGAGCAGCAACUUGUCACUUUCACGCUGCGCUCUCUCCUGUCCGGCGCUCACCUCUGCACUGUGACGCUGCCAGUUUCGGACCUCUGGAACAGAUCGCUCCACAUGGUUCUCAUCAAAGUCAUUGCUAAUGUUUUGCAGGCGUCGCCCUUCCACCUGCGGUUGUUUGCGUCCUCCGACGUGGUCUGUCCAACCCCGACUGGCCCGCAGCUUGCGCCGCUUGUGUCCGUCAAGCUUCUGCGGAUCCCAACGCGCAAAGACUUAGCUGACGAGCUCCUCCGAGCCAUUGACUUGAAUGACGUUGCUUGCGCUCAGGAGCUGUUGUUUGAUGGGCAGUGCCCCAAUCACCCUGCAGAAGGCACCCUGCACCCUCUGUAUGCAGCCCUGAACAAGAAGAAUGUAGAUAUGGUCCGCGCUCUCCUCCUGGCGCGCGCUGAUGUCGCUUGCCGGUAUGAUUUCGGCGGCACCCCGUUGCAUUUGGCUUGCAGGCAAAGCAUGCCAGCAGCUGUUGAUCUUUUAAUCAACGCCAAUGCCCCGGUGGAUGCAACUGACGUGGAACAAGAUUCGGCCCUCCAUGUCGCUGCAGUUUAUGGGGAUGCUGCCUGUGUUCGGCUGCUGCUUGCCGCAUCAGCGCCAGGCGCGAGCCGCAACCUCCGCCUGGAGACCCCUCUCACCGUUGCUGUGGACACAGGUGCGCCGGUUGCUGUCGUUGCUACAUUGAUGCAAGCUGCUUGGCCCGACAGCUGGCAGGUUCUUUUCCAAAUGGAUUUAUUCCAUAUUUGCCGGGCGUUGGGCUUAUGUCGUUUUCCAUUGUUUGCAACUUGCGGCGCGUUGUCUUCCCAACGAGACUGUUAUCCUUUGUUGUCCGGGGGUGUAAUCUUGCGCGAAAGCGCAGAAAGCAGCAACAUAUUGGAGGCGCUGGAGCCUGAGAUCCUCGUCCAAAUUCUGCACUACGCUCUCUCUCCGCAAACUUUCUGCUACACAACGCGCGUCUCCAAUGAAUUUUGCGAGCUAGUCCAAUCACCGCAUACUUGGCCCGGAAACUUGCGCCUCGCACCAUGCACAUGCCAGCGCCUCUGUGCGAACCUCUGUCUUCGAGCGGUUGUCCAGGCAGUGCCCCAUUCAUGUCCUUACUCCCCUGUUGCCCAUUUGACUUUCGCGCUCGCGCCGCGGCCCCGCAAUCCAUUGUGGUCCUGGCAUCACUACCAUGCUGAGCCUCAUGGCGCCAAUUUCUGGUUCACGAGUUCUGCUUCUCCUUCACCGCCGGUGUUCGCUUUGAAUUUAUCUUUUGCACGCUGUGCUGGUUUGGCGGAGUGCCCGGACUUGGAAUUGCUUCUAGGGGUUUUUGCUUCCGGCUUUUCUUCUUUGCAGGGUUUGCUUCACUUGAGCACCUUCCCCCCCGACGCCCGCAAUGUGGCUGCUGCGAAGCUCAACAUCAAUUCCGGCCAGUGCUGCUCCUUGGCCUCUUUCCUCACACAUGACAGUUUCCAAGCCAACUCAUGUGAUCUGUCGUUGGCCGGCAUCGCUCCACAAAAGUUAACUUUUGCAUGUCGCCAGCAAGACCAAAUCUGCUGCCUGUUUGGCAAUGACGGUUCUGUGCUGCUGCAGUGGCGCUGCGUCGGUUUGCCAAAGAACACGCCGUUAAACUGUUUCGUGGCGUUGCAUUCUCCAUCGGCUCCCCUGUCCAAUUUGGCGCCCGCUCCGUCAAACGGCUUCCGGCGGCCGGUGCGGGUGACACAGGUGCGCUUGCAUCAAGGGGUUGGCCUCGCUCGCGUGCUGCCGUGCCUGGACCUAUGCGGGGGCUUCUGGGAUCGACUGCCGCAGACUUGUCAGCACACAGUUUUGGCGUGUUUGUGUGCUCUUAACGAUCUUGUGACGUUCCUACAAACGCACAGAGCCGCUUGUGCCUUUCUGAUCGAUGCGAGUCAGCACAAUGCACUGGUCGCGUCUGUUUCCCCUUGCUGUUGCACGAGGCUGUGUUUGAACAAAUGCAUUGAAGCGCUGCUGUCCCAAGGUUUUCCGAUCCACAAGAAGUUCCUUUUGGGGUGUUUCAACCCGCGCUCCUUCCCUCCUCUUCAUCGAACAUGGCAAACUUUCCACUCUGUUGACUUUUGCCACGUCGUUCGGAUGGCUUCGCGCAUUUCCCCUUCAGUUUCCACGGCCGUCAUCGAGUUGUCGCCCGUGUUGCUCGGGCAGUCGCAGCUCUACUUGACAAUAGGCAUGAGCACGGGACCUCACCCUGCAGCAGUUGCUUGGCCACACCUCUUCAGCCUGCAGGCCCCAUUUUCCCAACAUGGGCGUUGCAACGGCGCGCGCUGGUGCACAGAAGUCGAGCGAAUGCAAAUGCACGCGCUGCGCCCCAUCGAUUUUUCGCGAUGUCAAACUUUCACCUUUGUAUGCUCUCCUGCAAGUGUUGCGCUGUUUGAUUCCCGUGGGGACUUGGUCUCGCUUUGUCCGCAGCCUUGGCCGGCCACAGAGUCGAAUGAGCUGAAAGGCUUCAUAGGCUUAAGGGGCGCCGCACCUUUGCCCCGCCCGGACCGGGACACCACAAUUAUUCAGCCAGUCUUGACUCAAGCUCGUCGCGAAGCCUUGCAGCUGCAGCCUCUGCUGCGUAUCGUCGGGCCACAUGUGUUGCACAUUGGUCCCUUGACAUUGACCGGCGGUGGCAAGGCGAGUGGAUCCAAAGCUGGCAGCCGCCGCCCAACCGACCCGCGUUCCACCAAGGCUCACCGCCAAGACGUGGCCAUGCCCAAACGGGCUUUGAUCAUCAAACGCAAGUGGGCCGAGCUCAUUCUUUCAGGCGAAAAAACGUGGGAGGUUCGCGGGGAGCCGACCACGAAGCGGGGAAGGAUUGCGAUCGCACAAGCUGGUUCCAAACAAUUGGUGGGGGAAGUCACCCUGGCCGAAUGCUUUCUCAUCGGUGAGCAACCUUCACCUGGCGUUUGGGUUUCCACGGGCCCUCCUUCGCAGUACAUUUGGGCACCCGACAACGCAAACAAGCAUUGCAUUACUGACCAAUCGUCGGUGAACUACAAGAAAGCCUAUGCGUGGGUCAUGGAACAUGCGCGCAAGUAUCCUGCGCCGCGGCCGUACACCCACAAACCAGGCUGCAUGAAGUGGGUUAAGCUGGAUGGCGGUAGUGUGGCCCAAUUUUCAGCCGGCGCAACCAGCGCGGCAGGCAACCCUUUGUGGUGCGACGCAGUGGAUUCCGACUCCACUGGAUCUGUUUCUGUCCCCUCGGCCGCUGCUUCCGCUCCAGUGGUAUUUUGCGACGAUCAUUUCCAUUUUGAGUCUUCGCCAAGCCGGCUGCUUUCCCCGAAUCGAACGCCCGCUUCGACAUUGCUCGGCGCCAGUUACCCCGGUUCUCCGCGCCUGCGUACUCCUCACAGUCCAACUGUUACUGUUGGGGAGGUUCCGGCGAUUUCACUGUCAGCGGCCCUCCUUCGUGACGAUGCUUCUGAUUCUAGUUCUGAUGCCUGGGCAGACGCGUCUUUGGCUUUUCUUUCUUCCAACUGCAGAGCUUCCUCGUUCUUUCAGGCGUUGCAGAACGCGUGUGGCUUGCGUUCUGCUUGCUUGGCAAAGACUUGCGCGCAGCUGGCUUUAACUUCGUCUGCGUGGCAUUGCUUCUUCUCCCAUCCAAAACGCUUUUCUUCUGAGCUUCCUUUCUCCUUCAUUCAAGACGUCCACUCCCACCUUUCGUGUGCGCCGCUACUGCUUUGGAUCCUUCCGGCCGGUGAUCUGCUUCUCUUGUCGGAUGGUUUUUGCGAGCCGUAUGAAGGCAGUGUUGUGGAUUUUCCAACGAUUGUUUUCAACUCUACCAAUGCUUGGUUCUUUCCCGUGGUGAUGACAUUGCGCCCCAUUGUUGUCCCAGCGUUGAGCUCUUGUCCCGCAGUCGGAUAUCUGCACCUUCUCGUUUUUGGAUUGGCUCCCACGCUUCUACCUCCGACGGAAAACCUUUUCCAUUGCUUCAAAACUACGCGCUUGGAAUGCGUAGGUCACUUGGAGACGCUGCGUGACACAGUAGCGUUGUCCAUUUGCCCUUGCAUCCUGGAAAUGGGCCAGCAUCUUUGUGGUCGGGGGCUCUCGCAGCUUGCUCUUGUGUUGGCUCCUGCAGAGCCUGUAGACCUUUUGAUCCUGGACAGCAACAAUUGUUUGUUCCACGUCUCCAGCUUCCACACCUUCCAGCGAAUUGAAUGGGGUUCCACUGAUCACGCCGAGGCUUGGCUAGGCCGGGCGCAGCCCACGGCUCAUGCAGCGUGCGUGGCGACCGUUCCAUUGAACCUGGCAGAACCCACGCUCACCGAGCGGCUCAGCCGUGAAGCGCUGACAGUUUUUACGCCAUGCGAGUUACUCACUUCCUCGCCAGACGCUGCCAGUUGCACAGCGGGUGCGUCGGGCCCUGCGCAAAUGGAAGACGACUCAGUCAAUGCCUGUAUAGCCUCGCCGGGCAACUUGCUUCGGGGUACACCUGAAGACUUCAACCGAGCUUUUGCAGACGUGUACCGCAAAGAUCCAGAAAGAGCAAAGCUGAUCUCUCGAUACAUCCUUGCCGACCUUGCCCCCUUCCCACAUGAGCAGCUGAAAAAUGCCUUGCCGGACGUCUAUUCAAUGACAGACAACCUUGCCCAAAAAGCGGGCUGCCCCUUUGAAUGGGCUUUCCUCCUUUUUCUACCCGUUCUUGGCACUGCAUGCUCCAAAGCCAGGCUGUUCAUCAACGAAUUUUUCCUCGUGCCGCCGCUGCUUUGGUUGGGCUUAUGCCUCGACAGCGGCGCAAACAAAAGCGGCAUCAUGACAGCCUUGGCAGACAUCGUCUCUGGCUUUGAAAAGGAGUUGCUCCAAAAGGCGCUGGACGAAGCUCGUAAGGAAGCGCAGCUGGCAGAAGAGGAGGAGGAUGCACACGGUGCGGAGCCAGAUGAGCCUUCGUCAAAAAAACGCAAGACCUCCUUGUCGAAAGCAUUGGCGGCCAUCCACAACAACAAGCCCGCCUUGUUUUCCGACGAAGACUCGUUGCCCGCCAUUGGCAUGCAAAUGGCGCGCAACGGGCACCGGGCUAUUGGAUUAUAUGAUGAAGGCCGGUUCCUUCUCCGAGCGCUGGCCAACGGAGAAGGUUCCGGAUUUAAUGCCUCCACUGUGUCCAAGCUCUUUAAUGGCUCCAUUUGGAAAAGGACGGUUGUGAAGGAUAACAACCGCUUCUCCAUGCACCAGACAUGCCUUUGUUUAGCAAUGACUUUCCAUGUCGAGGAAUGGCAUGACUUUCUGGCCAAAGAUGGUGCCUUGGGCAUGCAAAGUCGGUUUCUCAUGUUUCACAGCAGCCCCCGCCUCGAGAAAGCAGACGCAGUCCUCGAACCUGCGGUGUAUUCCACGGGGGCUGCGCGCUCUCGAGGUGCGCCGGUCCUUCCAGCUUCAUUGCUCACCCAGUUUGUUUCUGUCCUCACAAGAAUCGAAAACGUUCACACUGCAAAUGCUCCUGAUUUUGAUGCGUCGCGGGAAUUCAUUCCAUAUUUCUUUGCCCCCGAUGCCUUGGAUUAUUUUCGAGAGCACUACGACGCCCAAGUUCUCACGCAAGAACAAUCAUACUUGCAGGACCCAAAGCUUUUCAGCCAUGCCGGCAAACUGAAAUCACUUCCCUGGCGUUUGGCUCUGUUGUUGCAUUCUUGGGCGCGUGCGUGUUCUGCCGCCGAUCAGUCAGGCACGGCUUGGAGCAGAGAGCUUUCUCGCGAAGUCGUGGAGCCGGCUAAAGCUAUUUUCGAUUAUUUGUCCUUGCAGUCUCAACUGCUCGCGCCGGGAUCCAACCUCGUCAGCACCUUGGACACGCACGACUUGCGCGAGCUUGCUGCGCAGAGGUAUCCGUAUCUUAUCACUUUGAUCGAAACCGACCCUCUCCCAACUGCUCGCGCAGAAGCUGCCCCUGCCAAUUCGUUGCCGGAUGCUAGCCCGUCUUUCACUGUUUGGUGGGAAGCCCUUUCCCCGGACAACAAACUCUAUGCUUUCGUUGCUGCGCACUGGGUUCUCACGAGCGCAAGCACAAUCAUGGUUGACCAGGGGACCUUGCUGAAGAAACUUCAUGCAAAAGACACAGGCGUGGCAUUACCAAGAGCGAACAGCUUGGCGGAGUACGCAGAAUCCUGCCUAACGGUGACCGCGUCUAUCUCCAGUCUGUAUGCUGCCGACUUGAAGGUCCUGUUGCCGCCCGAUUUCGAUGUCCCGCGCAUGGAGCAGUGCUUGCAGCUGCUCACGCAAUACGCCACUGACGCCCGCCCUUUCGAGCACAGUGCCAAAAUUCUGAAUGUCAAAUCCCAGCGCGUGGCAGCCAAGCAGGUAGCGCCUAACAAUCCUCGUCCUCCGCCUCCAGGAACCGAGAUGUUAGCCGGGGCCACCCACAGCGACGCGUGCUCUUCGUUGAUGUACCCAGGGUCCCUCAGUUUGUUGCCUGCUUUCGUUCUCGCGUUCCACCACGCGGAUCCUGCAUGUCGAGCGUCUGUGGCGCACGCAUUGCUGCAACAACAAUGUUUCCAUCUUCACCUGUCUGAAAGGGACUGCGACUUUAUUCUUGGCAAGCUUCUCCGACGUGCCCCGCAUUGGCUUGGAGCUGAGUGCCACUUGCCAAAGCACAUUCCCACGAGAUGCGUUCAACCAGACGUGAAACAUUGUCUGACGUACCACGCACAUCUCAAAUGUGCCGCCGCUCGCGCAGUGCCUUGUGCGCUUGGCUUGCAUUGCGUGGAACAGGUCCUGCUCCUCAGCUACUCUUGCUGCUCCUGCAGUCGCUCUUAUUUUGGACCGUGGGUUGAGGGCAAAGAUGCAACUGGUGCGCGGGCUAGGAUGCUAGUGCAAGACAACCCACGCUACUUCUGCAUCACGCAAAACAUCGUCUUUGCGACAGCUUUCUUGGACCAAGUCACCGACAUUCUGCUUCAUUGCGGCGGUUCUUUCCGAGGCAUUGUGAAUGUGCUGCGGCCCAAGCUCCACAUGAAAAUUCGAACGCUGGAGAAGCAUCUCCGCGAUUCGUGGCUGCAAUACUCCGUGUGCAAGUUUUUGACAAACAAUCGCACUUCCAUCAAUUGCUUUGUCGGCAAGAAUGGCAUGGAACCCUGGUGCCGUGGACUCGAAGACCAGGUGCUUCACCAAUUUCAGGGUCGCUGGCUCCUGCAACACCAGUGUUCCAAGUGCGAACGAGGCAUUCUAGGCGUGGACGGCAAUGCCAAAGUUCGUACCAAACUGUGCGCCAACACGGAUGCGGGCGUAUGGGAUUGCAGGCCUCUGAACGCCCAUUGCCUGACUGGAUGCCAGAGUGCUCCCAUUCCUGGUCGAAAAUAUUGCGCCGUGCACCUCCGAGAUGCUGACCCGAUUUUUGGUUGCGAUCUCAUUUUGCAAAUGAUCCUUUCCUUCCUCGCAACGACAGCAACCCUGCUUUCUCGCACCGAAGCUGGUCGCCACAAGUCGCCAGAUAUUGUCGCGCUUUUCCCGCUUUGUCGACGAACGCGGAAAGCGUUGAGUUUUGCUGUGAGCCACGCUAAGCUUCAAUAUCCAGUUUCGCUUCUUUCUGUCAAACGUAUUCCGCGUUCGCGGCGGUAUGCUUUCCAAACCAAGACAGGCCAAGCCUUUUCGCUAUCAAGCGCCUUGGUUCCCACGCACUACCAACAGCAAUAUGGUCAAUCCUUGUUGGAGCCCGUUUCACGAGAGUGCCAAUCAAAGCCACGCGUCGGACAUCAAGUCCAGUUCUCUGCGUCCGAGAAAAAUGACGCGUGUCGCCGGCAAUGGGAAAAAUCUCGUGCAGCACGGCGCAGUGGGGGCGUUUUAGCCGCUGUCAAGGAAUGCCAAAUCAUCAGCGCCAUCAAGCUCGUGUACACCCACGAAUCCCCAACAGGGGUCUACUUUUUCUUGGCUGAGCUGUUUGAGUUUCUGUCUGCCGGCCGCAAUGUCAAUUUGAAGACUGCCAAGCGGAAGACUCGCCUGCGAACACUUCAGCAAACCAUGCCGCUGGUCUUUAACGAUUGCGCGUGCACGUUGCAGCGCUUCAUGGCUUCCAAGAAACGACGCCGCAUGAGCAAAGUUGCUCGUACCCUCAGCCGGCUUCGCCUUGUCAUCGACAAGUUCCAUUUUCGCAAAGGGCACAGCGGCUGCAAGCCUGAUGGCACUCGCCCGUUUCCCAAAACGUGGCCUCAGACGCAUGCCUCGAGCUUCCCCAACAUUAAUGACAGCGCAGCUGAACAAUCUUUUGCGUUUGUUCGCAAAAUUGCGGUGGCGGCGCGGCGCAUGACCCCAGUGCGUGGCCUUCUCUUCCUUGCGUCAUUGCUGCACGCUCGCAAUGUACAACUCGAACUCAUGGGGAUCAAAAAGGCAGAACUGGCAGCGGCCAAGAAGCGAAAAUUCAUGGCGCGCCGCAACUUCCAGGAUGCAGUGGAAACGCUGCCAUUUCGACGACCAGCUUCGCAGCAGCUCUAA